GGAGCCGCGGCCAGCUUCGGAGGCAGGGAGAGCGCCACUCUGCCAUCCCCAGCUGGAAACACCGGCCUCGCGGGCGCAGACUGCCAUGAACUGCCGUGCUGAGGUGCUUGAGGUCUCGGUGGAAGGCCGCCAGAUCGAGGAGGCCAUGCUUGCCGUGCUCCACACCAUCCUCCUCCACCGCAGCACUGGCAAGUUCCACUACAAGAAGGAGGGGACCUACUCCAUUGGGACCGUGGGGACGCAGGACGUUGACUGCGACUUCAUUGACUUCACCUACGCCAGGGUCUCCUCCGAGGAGCUGGACCGAGCGCUGAGAAAGGCCGUCGGGGAAUUCAAGGACGCCCUCCGAUAUUCAGGCAGCGACGGCAUCGGGCAGAUCUCCCUGGAGUUCUACCAGAAGAAGAAGUCGCGCUGGCCCUUCUCGGAUGAGUGCAUUCCCUGGGAGGUGUGGACCAUCAAGGUCAACGUGGUGAACCUAGCCAACGAGCAGGAGCGGCAGAUCUGCCGGGAGAAGGUGGGGGAGAAACUGUGUGAGAAGAUUAUCAACAUCGUGGAGGUGAUGAACAGGCACGAGUACCUGCCCAAAAUGCCCACCCAGUCAGAGGUGGACAACGUCUUCGACACGGGCCUGAAGGACGUGCAGCCCUACCUCUACAAGAUCUCCUACCAGAUCACCGACUCCCUCGGCUCCUCCGUCACCACCACCAUGCGGCGGCUCAUCAAAGACACGCUGGCUCUGUAGGGCCAGGUGCCUGGGGACAGGGGGCUUGUGCCUUUCUGCUCCCCAUCACACAGGAUGACCCAGGGUGUCCCGGCAAGUAGAAUCGUCUCAGAGCACGGUCCCAGCAGGAGUUUGCUUAGACCCCGCCCUAUCAUCUGUACAUUUCAGAUGGAAGCGUUCUGCAGGCUGGACUUGGGCUGGCCCUUCAUUGUGAAUCUCCCUAUGUGGGGGUCACCUGGGGCUGCGAUCUGAAAUGUCAGCAAACUGCUCCUUGUGCCACGUGGCCUAUAUUGCAGCUGGCCUGUUGGCUCCCCUCCCCUGGUCUCCCUUUCCUCCCUCAGAUCCCUCCUGGAACCUCAUCCCUGCACUGCCUGAUACUGGGGCGGCUGCUGCCUUGUUUCAUCGGAGUGGGAUUGUGAAUUCCUGGACAGGGCCCCUCCUCUCGCCCCGUCUGUUUGGGGAGGGGCUUUGCACAGGCUCUGACAAUACAGCGGUAACCUCUGGCUGGCGGUCGAGUCAGGGAUUGUAUUUCUCUGCCUUUAACACUGUCUUGUUGUAACAGUGGGGAAAGAACUGCCCUCAACAGAGCAGCUGUGACCCCCCAGAGCCGCGGUUAGAACAGCGGUCGGGAGUCUCUGUGGGUGCCCGUGAGGCAAGGCCCUUCUCUGCCUCUCUCUCCGCCUGGGAAAGGGGGAGAAUGCUGCAGGUGGUCGAAGAGCACACCAGGGCAAGCAGAUAGUCUUUGCUAAACUUUAUAAAGCCCCUUCCUGAAAAUACUGGGACGCAGCCGGGCACUUGCACAGCCACUAAAACCCAUAUUCCCUAGUCCGUCACCUGAAACCAAGUCCACGUCUGACGUGCAGCAAAUGUGGUGAGAGUGGCCGCUGUAAGCAGCGAGGGCUGGGCUGGCAGGAGACGUGAGUGCCGCGAAAGAGCGGCGGCUGCUUACUGUUCCUGCAGGCUCCGUCUCCGCACAAUGUGCCGUCAGACGGGCCAGUAACUACGUGUAGCUGGGUACACAGGAGCUGUUGCUUGUGUGUGUCGUCCAUUGACCUCACUGCGCUGCCAUCACCAUCAAAAAUACCCCCUUCGUUCUUCCUGACUGCUAAAAGAAAACUAAGCAGCCAGGAGCUCUGUUUAAAGCAGGGGUGAGAUCUCCAGACCCUGUCUCAUCAACACACUUACGCCCCCGUCCCCACUUCCUCUCUAAUGGAGACUGAUGCCCGUGUGUUUGUUACAGACACUCUGGGGUUAGAAACUGACCUGUCUGUAUUGUGUAGAUCUCAUACUCUGGGUGUAAUAAACACUGGCCUGGGCCUUCUCUUUACGCCGUGUCUCGGGCUGUCGAGAGCGUCUCCCCCCUGCUCGAGUAGCGCCACCUCCACCAGAGUCAGGCUUUGCCGAUUGCCCAGGUGUCAUCCCAGCAGUAAAGGCCAGGCCUUGGUGCGCGAGCGCUUCUACUCCAGAGGGGGAGAUGAGCGGGUGGGUUUCUCUGAGUCUACUAAUAAACUAUUUUCCCAUCA